AUGAAAAAUGAAGUUGUGAGUUUUGAUGAAUCCCGCACAUUCUAUGCAAAUGAUCCUUACUUUUCCAAGAUCCUUGAUUCUUUGCGAAGGGGGAAUAGGACGGCUUAUCCAAGUUACAUGAUAAGGGACGGAUUCUUCUUCUAUGGCCUUAAGUUGUGUGUUCCUAGUUGUUCCUUAAGGAAAAAUUUGUUGGUUGAGCAUCAUAAGAUGGGGCAUUUUGAAAAAGCGAGAAGCAAUUUCGAUUCAAAAACAGAACUUGGAGAUAGAGGAUUUGGUACAGUAUAUGAAGGCAAGCCCCGCGAUGGACGUAUUAUUGCUGUCAAGCGAUUAUAUGAGCAUAAUUUCAAGAGAGCCAAGCAAUUCAUGAAUGAAGUUGAGAUCCUCACGCAUUUACGUCACCAAAACCUUGUCUCUCUUUAUGGGUGCACAAUGCACCAUUGUCGUGAACUCCUACUUGUUUAUGAGUACAUUCCUAAUGGCACCAUUGCCAAUCAUCUCCACGGUGAACGAGUGAAGCCACGUUCACUAUGUUGGACUACCCGAAUGAGCAUUGCCAUAGAAGCCACAAGCGCGUUGGCUUAUCUCCACGCUUCAGAUGUCAUUCACAGAGAUGUAAAAACGAACAUCAUCCUCCUUGACAACAAUUUUUGUGUCAAAGUUGCCGAUUUUGGGCUCUCUCGCCUCUUCCCAAAUGAUAUCACUCAUGUCUCCACUGCCCCACAACGGAAUCCUGGAUACGUAGACCCUCAAUAUCACGAAUGCUAUCAAUUAACUGACAAGAGCGAUGUUUAUAGUUUUGGGGUUGUUUUGGUUGAGCUCAUAUUAUCCAAGCCUGCUAUGGAUAUCAGUAGGCAUCGACAUGAGAUCAAUUUGUCCACCAUGGCUAUCAACAAGAUCCAAAAUCACAAGUUGCACGAGCUUGUUGAUCCAUGUCUUGGAUUUGACUCGGACUAUGAGGUGAGGAAGAUGAUCACUAAGGUGGCAGAGUUGGCUUUUCAAUGCCUGCAAAAUGAGAGUGAUUCAAGGCCGUCUAUGGAAAAUGUAUUGGAGGUUCUAAAGGGGAUUCAGAGCGAGGAUUGCGCGAUGAAAAAUGCAGAGGUGGUGGAUAUCCAUGAAGAUGAUGUUGUGCUGUUGACGAGCAAGUCACCGACGCUUUCGCCUAGCAGGUGAUCAUAUGACCUAAUGCCAGUAGCUAAGUUGUGAAAUUUUACUAAAUUUUCAAAGUACAUAUUGAAGA